GCUCCACGUCGGCACCAGCUGCGGGGCAAGAUGGAGGCGCUGAUUUUGCCCCAGUGGGAUUAGGAGAAGGUUUGCCAGUGGUGGCAGGAGCCUUCAGGACUGAAGGUAUGUUCAUAUCUCUUCAGGAACCCUCCCUGUAUACUGUCAAAGCCAUCCUGAUUCUGGACAAUGAUGGAGAUCGACUAUUUGCCAAGUACUAUGACGACACCUACCCCAGUGUCAAGGAGCAAAAGGCCUUUGAGAAGAACAUUUUCAACAAGACCCAUCGGACUGACAGUGAAAUCGCCCUCUUGGAAGGCCUGACAGUAGUAUACAAAAGCAGUAUUGAUCUCUAUUUCUAUGUGAUUGGCAGCUCCUAUGAAAAUGAGCUGAUGCUCAUGGCUGUUCUGAACUGCCUUUUUGACUCAUUGAGCCAGAUGCUGAGGAAAAAUGUAGAAAAGCGAGCUCUGCUGGAGAACAUGGAGGGGCUCUUCUUGGCUGUGGAUGAAAUCGUAGAUGGAGGGGUGAUCCUAGAGAGCGAUCCCCAGCAAGUGGUACACCGGGUGGCAUUAAGGGGUGAAGAUGUCCCCCUUACGGAACAGACUGUGUCUCAGGUGCUGCAGUCAGCCAAAGAACAGAUCAAGUGGUCACUCCUUCGGUGAAGACCCCACUGUUCCUGGCUCCUCACCCCCUCAAAAAAUCCACAUGUCUGCUGUGACUUCUCAUCCAGUCCCCCAACUGAUGCUCUCAGGGUCAUCUUGGGGAUCACAAGGGAUUCUUAAAUCUCUCCAUCCUAUCUGUGGUUGGCCCCCCUUCCAAGCCCUUAGGGGUUUCCCAUUCCUUCUCUCCUUUUGGCAGCUCUGGGAUGAAGCUCCUGGCAGAUUUGGACGCAGGGCAGGGGAGCCCCUCUUCUUUAUGCUUUCCUGCCCCCCUUAUUUUCUUCUCAACCUCUAUGCCCUUUGCUGUAGCUACACUUCAGAUCAAAGCAGGAGAAAGAAUGUGCUGAGUGUUUUCUCCCUUUACCUUGACCCGGCCUUUAUCCCAACAACCCAUAUGUCCAACAAGGGGAGGGAAAGAGAGAAUUCUGUAGAAGAAGGGGGGUGGGGAGAGGUAUGUCCAGUCGCAGCCUCAGCCCCACUUACUGGCCUCAGCAUUUUCUUGCAUUCCUUCUUAAUGCCUCGUCCUCCAGCCUUGGAAAAAAGAUUGGAACAGCUCACAGGCAGGGGACAGAGUGGAAGAAGCAGUGAUUUAAAUUUUAUUGGAUAUGGACUUAUAAAAUUCUGUAUUUGAGUCACAGCUGCAUUCUUUACUCUGAUUCUGGCUUCUAGCUUCAAAACUGCUGUGGUCUGUGAGUGUUACGGUGGGAAUGUCCAUCUCUUGGUCUGCUACCUUAACUCGGCACCUUCAUUAUCCCUUUGUCUGGCUUGGCCUGGAGGAAAGCCAGUCCCUGAACUAAAACUCCAUUCUAGUCUUGGGAAGAAGAGUUUCUGCUCAGAACUAGGGAGGGGGUGGAAUUUAUGACUUGGGCCUCUGGGCUCUUAGUCCCCUUUGCUCCCCACAUGCUUUUCACUCCUCUGCGUUGGGUCUGCAACCUCUGCUGCUUAACCCCAUCCUCUCUCUGCCUCAGCCUUACACCCAGGCAAUAGGUCUGGGCUCUUCCCCUCCCUAGGUCGCUGAGAGAGUGGCCUUUCUUCAGAAAACCUUCAGGAUUUGGAUUUCCCCAGGAAGAUGGAGGAUGGAGCACCCACUCUUGGAUCUAAUCUUUCCUCUUGACCCCAAACUUCCCACAAAAAUGUUUCAAAAAACCUUCCUGAGACAGCUUUCUGCCCAACCCAUUAACUGCAGAUUCUCCAACACUGAAGUGGGGCGCAUAACUGAGCAUAUUUGAGGGGGCAUUUUUGUGUAAGAAAUGUAUGGAAUCAGGAGAUAGCCCCCUUCAUAUAUUGCGCUGUGCAAAGAGGAAUAAAACAGAUUUCUUUUUCCAAACU